AUGGGAGAAGGCGCUCCAGCACACGGCUCAGUAGCUCAUUUGCUUCCUCAGACGUACAAGCGUCACAUCUUGGAAUGGCUCGAAGAGGAUACGCCGAGCUUCGACUAUGGCGGCUUCGUGGUCGGUGAGGAGAUAUCCGAGGCGAAACUUCUGGGCAAGAGCGAGGUAAUCCGCAAAAUCCUUUUGGGCGAGCGCGUAGCACUAAACACACUGGCACGUUGCUCCGGUAUAGCGACAAAAUCAGAUCGCUUGCUGGUGCUCCUCCGCAAAGCUGGCUAUCCUAAUAUACUUGCUGGAACCCGAAAGACUACGCCUGGCUUCCGGCUAGUGGAGAAGUAUGGAAUGCUUGUCGGUGGCGUGGACGCGCAUCGUGUCGACUUAUCCGCCAUGACUAUGCUGAAAGACAAUCACAUAGUUGCUGCGGGAAGUAUAACAAACGCUGUCCGCGCCGCCAAGUCAGCAGGCGGCUUUGCCAUCAAAGUUGAGGUCGAGUGCCAAAGCUUCGAGGAGGCAGACGAGGCAAUCGCAGCUGGUGCUGACAUCGUCAUGCUGGACAACUUCACGCCGGAUGGUGUCAAAGUGGCUGCUGCACAAUUGAAGGGAAAGUGGGGACGUGGCACGGGCGACAGAAAGGCAUUCUUGGUGGAGGUCAGUGGUGGAUUGACCGAGCAUAAUGUCGAGAAAUAUGUCUGUGAGGAUAUCGACAUUGUGAGUACGAGUACUUUCCAAGUUAGCGUUGAUCGACUCCUAGAGUUGUACUUCGAAAACUUCUGGCCCUCAUUUCCCAUCGUCCUUCCAUUUCACUACUUCCAAGCUAGGCGCCUGCACGAAAAACAUGGGAUGGAUGAGCUUUUGCUUGUUUUACAAUGGAUUGGAUGCAUAUAUGCGCCCUGGACUGUGUCGGAACCUUACUACAAAACGGCUUUGCAAGCUCUGAGCUCUGUUAGUCUUGCAAGAACACCCUUCAAUGUCCAAGCACUGAUGCUCUUUGCGAUUGCACAAUAUCAUUGCGAUGUGCGAGGCGAAGCACGAUUGCGGCUGGAUCAAGCGGUUUCACUUGCUCUGGAGCUGUGCAUGAAUCAAACAGGCUUCGCUCAAGCGUAUGGUGAAGCAAAUCCAGUUCUCGAGGAAUCUUGGAGGAGAACAUACUAUAUGAUUACUAUUGCUAACCAGUACUUUGCAAUCGUGACCAACUCUCCAAUCUAUACUUUGCUUACUGUACCAAACUUCGUCGACCUACCUUGCGAUGACGACUUGUACGAAUCAGGGCAAAUCCCGCAAAUUGCAACAUGGGCUGAGUACGAGAAUCGCGAAUUUGAGGAAAUUGAGAUUAUUUAUUCGUCCCUCGUGUACCUGUACGACAUGACUCAGAUUGCCGCAAAUAUCAUGAAGAUGUUCAUAGAAACAGGUACCUUUGGGGAGAGCUUAAUCGACAGCUGUGAUGCAAAAUUUGCGAUAUGGUUGUCACUCCUUCCAGCAUGCAAGAGGGAUCCUCUUCAAAGGAACGGCAAAAUGGACGAAGUGAUGUUCACAGCCCAUAUGAUCGCAGCAAUAAUCCUCUCGGUUGUGCAUCGGCCUUUCUCAUCGUUAGCAUACAGUGCAGAGGAGAUGUUGGCAGAAGCAUUUUCAUCGCCGAAUCCAUUCGUCGUACCGCCAAAAUCAGGACGAAGUGCACACACUGCACGAACGCUGAAGGCGGUGGGAAUGCAGACUAAACUCCUUGCCAUUCCAUGCGUUGUCGAGAAGCACAGCAUCUUGACCAUGUGUAUCACUGCCCAGCUUGCCGCAGUCCAGGUUUCCGCAUGCACACACCUUCUCGAAGAUUUUCCGCUUUCAAUAGCUCGCGAUCGCGUGCGCCUCAGCAUCGGCUUUCUGAAUGCUAUGGGGUCCAUAUGGCCGCUUGGGAAGAGGAUGGCGAAAGAAGUUCGGGCCAUCGCGCGGUCGAAUCUGACCAGUGUUCAAAGACCAUUGACUAUGGGGGCGAGGACUGCACCUGAGAUUGACCUUGCACGCGACGACUUGAUCUGGCCUAUUGAUCCGUCUAUACAGAUUGACAUCUAUUCUGGAAUUGUUCUCCCAACAAGCUGGGACGCGACGAACUUUGCCUACUCGUCUUCGCACUCGUCUAACUUGACCUGAUUCGACACAGAUCAUUCAGAGCGACUGGGAAAAGCCCUGGCGGAGGAUCACCUGUGUCUACCUACGUGGUAGAGGAAUAUCUCAAUGCGCACCCCACUGUUACCAACUGCAUUCUUCGGAAGGUUCUUGUUCCAUAAACAUGGGUAGCACUAGGUCGUGGCGCUAGAUGUGUGGC